AAUUUUUCCACCGAGUGAUUAGAUAUCAUUCUCUCUCAUCACUAACGUACCAUCACAUACAUACCGUCACAUGCGUGUAGCUCGCAGACGCUGCAGCAGAAUGCACAGUUUGUUGCUUUCAUUCUCUCUACUUCUGGCGACGGUAGCUCAGGGCGGCGGCUCGCCUGCUGAGAGCGCCGCGCUGGACCACCUGCUGCAGCUGGCAGCGUCCUCCUCGUGCGCGCAGUCGGGCCAGAUCGUCUGCAACCGGGCCUGCGACCAGCUGGCCAUGUGCCAGCCGAACGACGAGGGAGGUUUCGAGGAGGUUACGCUGGAGAUGUGCUCCGCGGGCACCCGGUGCAGCGCCGAACUACACAGGUGCGCGGACCGUCCCACGGCUUGCGGCGCCAGCACGGAGAGUGGUAUUGCCUGCCACAGCGCCGGCCGCUUCCCGGACCCCCUCAACUGCAGCGUCUACCACGACUGUUCCGAGGAGGGCGCCGUCUCGACUCCGGGAGUGUGCGACCCCGGCUACGCCUAUAAUGCUCUCACUAGCGACUGCAGCUAUCGGACGACGGACUCUGUCUGCACGGACGGUCCCACGCCACCCUGCAUCCGUGAGGGCCAGUCUGGAGCCGUGGCCACCAAUCCCAACAUCUACUACGUCUGCACAAACAACGAUAACAUACUGGUUCCAGAUCUCUACAAGUGUGACAACGGACUGGUAUACGACCCCGGAACGAAUACGUGCGUCGACUCCACAUCUACUACCACGCCAGUUACGAGGGCCUAGACAAGGAGCACGACCCCGACAACGACCACGACACGACCGCAGUCCCGGCAGCACAGUGACGCUCCCACCCCACGUCAGAAGGUUGCUGGUGGUCGGCGACCCACUGGAGCGCACGCACUACCUCGGGGUCAGCCACAACUACACGUGGCUGCACGCCGACUUACUGGAGUGCACGCACUACCGCGGGGUCAGGCACAACUACACGUCGCCUGCGCCUUUGCCUUCCACUUCCACACCAUCUACAACCUCGGCUGGUGCAGACUGCAUCAGCAGAUCCUCCCGCUAACUUGCACUUCACUCACGUUAAUUGUAUAGCCACACAAGUCCUGUAUACUUCUUCACAAUUAACACUGUUGUCGCUAAUAAAUGCUCUGUAAAACCUG